GGAGCCUGUCACGUUUACGUUUGUCGUACAACGUCUGGGUUGAAUGUAUAUGUAUAUAUAUAUAUUUAUUUAUACCUCGAGUAAAAUCCGUCUGAUAAAUAGAGGCACAUCAAUGCGUUGUUGAGGAUAGAUUUAUACGUACAUACAUGUCGAAGUUAAAUUAUCUCGCAGAAAAACGGUUGCGGUAAAUUCGAUAAUGUAUAAGCUGAUCCGUUGAGAGAGAAAGAGAACACAACACACACACGGCGUGUGAAACGAAUGACGUUCAAGAGAUAUAAGUAAAAGAAUCGGACGAUUGUUCGAUGUUGCUGCAAAGUGCUGUUAAUGUGACGUAAAAUAAAAAAAAAAAAAUAAAAAAAAUAAGCAAAUAAAAUAUAAUAAACAAAAAACCAGGAAAAGAAAUUUUUGUGUAAUGAUUAAAUCCGACAAUAGUGUGAAAGCAAAGCGAUUAAUAUCAUUCGGAAAUGAAUUGCAAUGGGGGUCCGCGAAGAAUUUCUGAGGAAAUCACCGACAGCUCUAUGGACAAUAAGCCGAUAAUCACCUAUGCAGGCGACGAGGAUUUGUUUUUGACAUUGAAAAGCAAUCUGGUCCAGGCUUUGCCUCUUAAUUCGGCAGAAUGGCGAAGGUCCUACGGACGUCCCGUGAAGCAAGUAAACAUCGAAGGAUCGUUCAUUCCAUUUUCCAAAGACAUACUGCCGACUGAGAAAGAUUGGCACUUAAUUAAACAGCCAAUAUUUCACAUCUACUGGAGCGAAUGUACAGAUGUGGACGUUUACAAAGCUUCGGUAAAAGACGAUAUCGAUACGUGGCUGAAGACUCUGGCGCAGUACAAUGUACUAGACUGGAUGAUAGUUUUAGUUGAAACCUAUGACCUCAAGAAGAGCAAUAAACUACUGCCCAGAACAACGGUGCUGGAUAAAAUUCGCAGUGAUUUCGCUGCCAAGCACGGAGAUAGGUGUUUGUCGAUUAUUAACCCAAUAAAAUCAGAAUCACGAUCGGCGGAAUCUUGGCGCGGCUUGAUUAUCAGGAUAAGACACCUGGUCCUCACCGCCUAUGACAAAACGUUGCUACGUUUUGAAGAAGUUAUUAGAGAGCAGAGAGAGAGAAGGAACCAAGUAGGAUGGAACUUUUGCCAUUAUUUCCUUUUACAGGAAGAGCUAGCUUUUGUACUAGAGAUGUUGGGCCUUUACGACGAAGCUUUGGUGCAAUACGACGAAUUAGAUGCACUCUUUACUCAAUUUGUGCUAAACUCCAAUGUCGGAGAUUCGCCAGCGUGGUUGAGCUCGUUUCAAAGUCCCUUGAAUAAUUGGGCUGGGGUUAAUUUAGAGAACGGAGUUGACCAUCACCUGCGGCUUUUAUUGGCAGACUGCAAAGCGUCGCUUUUAGAUCUUAGGAGUUAUUUAUUUAGUAGGCAAUGCGCGAUGUUGCUGCUCAUCAACAAACCGUGGGAGGUGGCUCAAAGGUGCUUAGCCUUUGUGCACAACACUCUAGGCGAGCUAAGAAUAUUAGAAAUUCAACGUCCCGAAGGUGCCGUUGAGUGCUGGGCCUUCCUGUGCGCUCUAGAAGUUUUACAAAGUUGCCAGAUGUCUAAUGUGAACAUAGACAAUGGCCAACAACUCGAUCUCUGCUCUCUACAUACAGCGAGUCUAUGGGCGUUAGCAAGAGACAAGCUCGGAGACCUGGGAAAACUUUGCGGUUUAAUGCCGGGUAGCGAACCGACCAGUGAGCAGCUUCACACAAUAGUUUACCUCAUAGCUGGAAUGGGAGAUUCGGAGCCUCAAGCCCACGGUAAACCGACGCCAACCGACAAGCUGAAGGAAGCAUUGUCGUCGAAGGAAGCUUUCAAAAAACAAUACUUGGAACACGCAGAGUUAGCUAUGGGCACUUAUAAACACGUCGGUCGCAUCAGAUCCGCGAGACUUAUCGGCAAAGAAUUGGCCCGGUUUUACAGCGAGCUUGGAGAGAAUCAAAAGGCGGUGGCAUUUCUGUCGGACGCGUUGAAAACAUACAAUGACGAAGGAUGGUACCAACUGGCGGCGCAGACGCAAUUGGAACUGGCGGAAUGCUAUAAAGGAAUGGACGACGUCGAGAGAUACACUAAAAUAUGCGCAUCUAUAGCAAGCUCUCGGUCGUUGCACGUUACCGUGAAAAAUAUGUAUUUCGAGGAAAUGUUGGCCUAUGCAAAAAUGCUAACAGCUCCUCAGCCUCUCAUAACUGAUCUUGGCGACAGCUUUCAAAUACUUAGUAUGGAGGUCAACGUCACGGACAAAGUUAUACAGGACUGCGUGGUUAGCAUCGAAGUUUGCCUGCAGAGCUUUUUGCCAAGAGAAGUCAAAUGCAACGGAGUUUCAAUUUCCACCGAGGAGUAUAAGAAACCCACAGUUCCGGUCAAUAAAAGAAAAGGACAAAAGGCCUUGCCAGAAACGCGAGUUGAAUUAUUAUCAAGAUGUACGAUCGAUGAUAUGAAGCCUUCGGAUCCGUGUUUAGCUCGUUUGCCAACUUAUUCGUCGUUAGAAUACAAGCAAGAUAAAAGUUUGUCCACGGCCAGUGUUGUCAACAAAAAUCUAAAGCCGUUGAUAAAACGAUCGGAUAGCGCUAAGCACAGAAAGCCAUCCGUCAAUUCAAAGGGAGAUUUCAGUAAGGGUUUAUCUUGCGAGGCGUUUUCUUUAAAGCCUGGUGAGAACACGUUCACCGUUAGCAGAAGAGUCGAUCAACCGGGAGUUUACAAAAUUGGCCAACUUUCGUUGAUCGUCGAGAACAAAUUGGAAUUUUUAUCUCCCAUUUUCAAUCCUCGUUUGUCGUACGAAGUCGCAAAGACUCAGCCUACAAUAUUCUCACAAUGCACCAGAGAUUUACUAGCUGGACUUCCUCAGGAAAUCGAAUUAGUCGUUUCAAGUGGCAGCGUCAAGAUUACCGAAGAUGCGAAAAUAAAAUUAAGGUCCUCUAGAGGUUUGGCACUUCAGGGGGUAGAAAAUGGUCAAGUUAUGGUCAGGGAGCUGGAAAUGUCUUUACCGCCUUGCGAACCGUUUCAAAAUACAACGCUCGUACUGAAAGUGUUGGCCGAACUUCCGCCAAAAAAAGACUCUUCGACUAUCGAACACAAGUUGAGCUUGCAGUGUCCUUGGGGAACAGAAGAAAUCGUACCUCUGAAUUUCGCGCCCCCCCUAAUGUCUAGUUUUAAAUUGCACACCGCCAAACAAAGGAAGUUUCUCCAAAUCGUUGUUACCGGCCUAACUGCUCAACGCCUGGAAUUAACGGAGCCUAAAUUAGUGAGCAACACCUCGGCGGAUAUUAGUUUUAAAAGUUUGAAUCCGGUCGCGGGUCAAAAACUGGUUAUCGGAAACGGUAUGAACGUUUCAUUUAUGUGGGAGCUUGAAAUUGGUAAAGACGAAAAGUCGACAGCUCCGAUAAAGACUGACUUUAGCGUGAGAUACGUCCAGGUAAACCUGGCCGAAGAAUCGGAGGAGAAAAAUGCCGACGACGAUCCUUUGCACAUACGUAAACUUGCCGAAAUGGACAACAAGGGAGAGAUUUAUAGGUGCAAUUUCGACGUCGUCGAUUACGUGACGCUCUUCAUAGUUUCAUCAAAAGUAGAGGCCAGCGGAGGUGGAGGAGAAUUUUGUCGAGCCGGUAGCAUGUGUCACCUAUGUCUGACCGUUACGCGCGUUGUAAAUACUCCAUCACCGACUCAGACUCCCCAAUUGAUGUACGAAGUAUUGGCCGAUCAAACAAUGUGGGCUGUUUGCGGACGAACUGCUGGCGUAGUUUCGUUGGAGACUCUUGAAAAGCAGAGCGUCACUCUAGACGUUAUGCCCCUGACUAGCGGCUAUCUUCCAUUACCUGUUGUUAGAUUAUCCAGAUACAUACCAGCAGCUGAACUUAAGAGCGACAUUUCUCGCAAGCCUGAGAUGACAGGAGGUCCACGCCUAGAACCAUUCAGUCCUGGACAAGUGUACAACGCUAGCAAAGCUCAACAAGUCCAUGUUCUACCAGCUGCGCCAUUAGAAACUAAUUAAUCAAUCUAUUCAACAACAUUGAAACCCGUCCCAACAACCGUUAAUUGUUACAGCAAGAAUAAACGGUGAGGUAAUUUCAAUUUCGCGGCAUGAUUAAUUCUCUAAUAUUAUUCAGUCUAAACAAGAAGCAACGAAAACAAUCUUAUAUUCUGGUUUUCAGGCGGAGCGAAGGGGGAUUGAAUUAGAAACUUCGAUCUUUACCUCUAAAAAAUUAUACUGCAAUUCUUGCUCAGCUUUUAUAGCCAUGCCAUGUAUUGAGGCUCGAUUCUUUUUUUUUUUUUUUUAUACUUGGUUAUAAUUAUCAUUGCAGACGAAUAUGUAGUAUCAAAAAAACUUUGAUACAAGGAACAUUCACAUAUACUAUAACGAAACAUCACUCCUAUAAAUUGGUGCAAUAUUUUUCCUUUUUCUCUUUUCGUAUUCUUCCAUUAUCUAUCCACAUCAGAAUCUGCUGUGUAUACAUGGACGAGACAUACUUUUCAUAGUUAUGAUCAAUUUAGAUAGCUUUCAGUCACGUUCGCGCAUCUGUACCAACAAUAAGUACUUAAUUUACUAAUUAAAAAAUCUAGAAAUCAUAUGCUGGACUGUAGCUAAGCUGAACGUACUUACAUUGCACAGGUAUUUUGAAGUUGAAAAUUCGAUAUCACAAUAUUUUCGCAGUGAACGAUCGAUUGAAAAUGAUAGAUUAUUAUAAUGGCAAAUGAAAAUUAUUAUUUCAUGUGAAAAGAAUUCGUACGAUGCCAAAUAAUUCAACUUUUCAAACUGAUGAUAAACAUUUUCACGUCAUUAGUAAUAUUCUUUACAUCACAUACGCAGCAGAUAUAAAAGUGUUUUCUUAAACAAACGAUUUUGAAGUAUCUAAUCAAAAUUUCGUUUAUUCUAUGGGAGAUUGUGUGAUGCUUUCAUCGAUAUCUACAAAGAAUUGUAGAAGAUGAGAAAAAAGUUUGAGUAUUAUCCUGGACUAAUAAAGAAUCGGUGGAUAAAUUUACUGAACGAUAUUAAUGGCAAGAUAAUCGACAUGAUGAAUAAACAAUAGAUACGAUUUAAUAAUCACGAGUAAUGGUGCACGAUUAAUUGUGUGAACGUUGAGCAGUCGUGAGAUGAAUAUUUUUUAAAUGUUGCCAUGUAGCUUACUAUAAAAGUUAUUUUUUAGGUACAAAUAUAGGACUCCUAUAUUGUAUAUAUAAUGGUAAUAUAUAUAUAUAUAUAAAAAUCAAUACUCGACAUCUGAUAUUUCUACUUUUACAUUUAAAAGUCAUCUUGUUGUAUUAUUAUUUUUUAUACAAAUCGUAAAGGGUUCUAAGAAGGUUCUUUACAGUAAAUCUCUGUUGCUACUUUUUGUUACAUUUCGUAAUGCCAGUUCUAUAUUCCCGUUUUAUUUAUUUGUAUCAUUAAUUUUUUUUUUCUUUCUCUUAUAAUCAGUUGUAAUAAUAAAACUGGAUAAUAAUCUUAGGAUGAUUAGGAAGUUAUAGCUCGUGAUAAAUAAAACAGCGGAAUAAGAAAGUAUUCUAAAUAAGGGCGAAACUGUGAGCAAGAUAUUUUACUGCAUAUUUUUUCUUGAUGCUCAAGUUUUUGGUGUAAAUUUAUGAACUUCAGACUUCAGGAUUAUACGAGCAAAGACUUAUUAGAAAUAAUGUCAGCUCUCUUUUAAACAGAUUCGAGUAUUGGAAUGGUUAAAAGUCAGUGUAACUAAAAGAGGUCGAAAUUAAUGGACAAAAAUUAGAUAAUAAUAUUCAAAAGUUGCCGUCAGAUGAGCUGACAAUAAUAGUUUUGCACCAGCUUACGGCUUGAGCCAAAAUUCUUUUCACUCAUAUAAUGCCGCCAACUGUUAACAAUAAUAUCUUGAAUAAUAGUGAGUGUCGAUAAUUUCCGUUUCGUCAUAAAUAAAAUCGCAAGCUGUGACAAAAUGUAUUCCAAACCAAGGUGUGUAACUUCACUGUUCUGUAAAAGUCAAUAUUUUACCCCGUGCUGUGGAUUCGUAAUUUUAUUUAACCAUAUCAUACAUUUAAAUAUCUUCCUUAGCCAACGAUGCUUAAAAAAACAAUACGAUAUUACCGAGAAUUUAAAAAGAAAAACUGUUUGAUUGACUUCAUUAGUCAUGGAUAAUUAUUACAAAUAGAUCGGCAGUAGGCUUUGCUUGCCACUCCUUCGCCUGGGUAUAAUGUAACUUGUGUAAAAUGUUGGCAAUAUGUCACAUCGUGUUAUAUAUUCUUCUAUAUGUAUAUAAGUUUAUGUAUAUACUCGCUGUAUCGUAAAAUCUGUAAAUCUUAUCGCCAUCCUUGAUACAGAGCCUCGUCAAGUUGCUGACACUAAAAUUAAGGUCUGAUAUUUAAUAAGAAGAUUAUAUAUGAAUAA